AUGAAUCCGUUAAUAAGGUUCUUAUUACCGAAGCUUAAUUCACCAUUUACAGAGUUUUAUUUUCCAUUUGUGAGGAAAAUUGAAGGAUUUGAAGAUUUAAGAUUGCUGGAUAAUACAAACUGUUACUUCAGUCAACUUGAAGUGCUAACAAUUGGAAGUUUGUCGUUUCAACUGUUCAAUCUGAAAGCACCCAAGUUGAAAGUUUUCAAUCAUAGUAAAGUGAUUUUGGAUAGAACUGCAUUUAAUGAAAAUGUAAGUACAGCUAGGAUUUCAUAUUCGAAAUUCUUGGAUAAUUUGAUGUGUUCUAAUUUGGAAUGUUUAGAAGUCAUAGGCGCUGUGGCUCAUUCCACACUAUACAAGUUCAAUUCGGUCAAGAUUUUAAGGAUCUAUGCUGAUAACUCAUCUGAAAGUUUUAACCUUGAAGAGUAUAAGAGUCUUGAAGAGCUCGUGAUUUCAAAAUGCUCUAAAUUACGAAGUAUUGAAGGAUUGCAUUGCAACAGUCAAACUCUAAGAUUAUUGGAUCUGUCUAAUAACAAGAAAUUUGACCAAGACAUCUCAGGAUUCUUCACUAAUAUGGAAGUGGUUAAUCUUUCCAACACUUAUAUCCAAAAAUACCCAAACCUGGAGACUAGUGACAACCAUUUAAUAGUUGUCAAUGUUGAAGGUUGUAAAAACUUGAAUAUCAAGACAGCAUGA